UCUCUCCAGCUGUCCUCUUCCCCACACCACAACUAUGUUCUCACUCUCACUCUCUUCCCUCUCUUUUCUCCUCCCCAUCCUCAUAUACGCCGCCGUCGCCACCGCCUCAACCCAAUUCAUUAAACUCCCAUUACUCCACAAAACUCAACAUCCCAAUCAAAACUCCUUCUCUCGUUCCCACCCCCACCCCCACCCCCACCACCACCGCCACCGCCAAACCCUCAAAUCCCCCGUCAUUUCUGGAGCCUUCGCUGGUUCCGGCCAAUACUUCAUUUCACUCCACAUUGGCUCACCUCCUCAACCCCUCCUCCUCGUAGCCGACACCGGCAGUGACCUCAUUUGGGUCAAGUGCUCUGCCUGUCGCAACUGCUCUCUCCACUCUCCCCGAUCCACUUUUCUCUCUCGUCACUCCUCUUCAUUCUAUCCUCACCAUUGUUUUCAAUCCACCUGCCGCAACCUCGUUCCUCACCCUCACCCCAAUACCUGUAACCAUACCAAACUUCACAGCCCCUGUCGUUACGAGUACUCUUACGCCGAUGGUUCACUUACAUCUGGAUUUUUCUCUCAAGAAAUAAUAACUUUUAACACUACCACUGCUCAACAACUUCAAUUCAAAGAUUUCAACUUCGGAUGCGGUUUUCACAACUCCGGUCCAAGUAUAACGGGCGGAAGCUUCAAUGGAGCUAAUGGUGUAAUGGGCCUCGGUCGGGGGCCCAUUUCGUUUUCUUCUCAACUCGGUCGACGUUUCGGUAACAAGUUUUCUUAUUGUCUAAUGGACUACACUCUUUCUCCACCACCUACAAGUUUUUUAGUGAUCGGCAGUGAACAAAACGAUGUCGUUGGUGUGAAUUCUAAAAUCAACUUCACUCCGUUGCUUAUGAACCCAAUAUCUCCUACAUUUUACUACAUCGGGAUCAAGAGCGUGUAUGUUGACGAUGUCAAGUUACGGAUUAACCCUUCCGUUUGGUCAAUCGACGAGUUAGGUAACGGAGGCACGAUCAUUGACUCGGGGACUACUUUGACGCUCUUAGCAGAGCCAGCAUACCGUGAAAUAUUGACAGCAUUUAAACGGCGAGUGAAGUUACCGAGUCCAGCUGAACCGAUUCUGGGGUUUGAUCUAUGCGUGAAUGUUUCUGGCGGGUUGAGUACAAGUUAUCCUAAACUGAGUUUUGAAUUGGUCGGCGGCUCGGUGUUCAGGCCUCCGCAAGGGAAUUAUUUUAUUGAAACGAGUGACCUAGUGGAGUGUUUAGCGAUGCAACCCAUUAACCAGGAGUCGGGCCCUUCGGUGAUUGGGAAUCUGAUGCAGCAAGGAUUUUUGUUUGAGUUUGAUAGGGACAGAUCGCGGCUGGGUUUUUCACGUCAUGGGUGCGCCAUACCCUAAGUUCAUGACUCAUGACCCAGUCAGUCAAACAAAUCUUGUGGGCUUUUAUUUAUUUUUUAUUUUUUACAAAUAUUAUAUAUAUUAUUAAUUGAUGCCAAAUAUUAAAAAGUAAUGAAUUUUGGGCAUUUUGUGUUGGAUUCGGUGUAUCUGAUUAAUACGGACAACAGGACAAGUGU